AUGAUGAGGAAGAAUAUUUUAUACUCACUCUUGAUUGCGAUUUUUUGCUUGACAGUGUUGGUGAUUGCUGACAGGCAAACAAUUGUUGUGAGUGAUUUGCAUAUCGGAGGACCUUGGUUUCAAUCGAAAACUUCUCAUGAAUUGUUAACACAUUUUCUGCAAGAUUUGGCUCAACCAAAUUCAAAGGUGAGAGGAGAGGGACCUCCUUUGAUGGAUGUUGUGAUUAAUGGUGAUAUUUUUGAAUUUUGGUUAGAUCACAUUGAUGAGAUGCCAAUCAAGAAUUCUGAAUUGAUUAGAAGCAAAGAUCGUUAUGGAGUUGAUGUUACAAAAAUUCUUAAAUUAUUGAAAAAUGUUCUAGAUGUUAAUAGAGCAAAAUUAAUUCUCACUCAAGGAAAUCAUGAUAUGGAACUCACAGAACAUGAUGUGGAUAUUUUACAAAAUGAAUAUGGAUUGGAUAUGAUUUAUACAAGUCAGGAAUACAGAGAUAUGGGAGUGAGAUUUGAACAUGGACACAAGAGUGAUUUUUUCAAUGCUCCACAUCCAGAUAAAAUCAGAUCUUUUGGAUAUUUCAUUGCAAGAGCAAGUAUUACAAGUGGUGUUACUUCAGCUCCUGAAUUCUUCCAGAAAAUUUGUGAUUUUGUUCCAUUCUUUAUUGGAAGUUUGGCAAGUGGUCCAGUUGGUGAAAUUCUUGGAGUUUCGGCUAUUGAGAAAGCCUUUGGUGAAUAUCCACACAAUGACUCGACAAUAUUCAAAGGUGCCUGUUUUUGGGCUAAUUGUGAAGAAUGUUCAAGUGUAGAUGUCACAGUUGAGUUAGCCAAUCAGAAAUAUUCCUAUUUAAGAAGUAGAUACAGAGAGGAUUAUUCAUCUGGGGAAGUGGACGAUAUGGUCAGAGCCAGUUGUAACAAUUAUGAUGACAUUUUGCAUAGAAACAUUGAUCCUCACAUGGACAAGAUUGUUCUCCAAGGUCACACUCACAUUCCACUUGUCAAGGAAUUGAAAAGUAAGAAGGGACCUGAUUUUCUCUAUGUUAAUUCUGGUUCUUGGAUUGAUGGAUCAGCCAAUGAUUAUAUCAAAAUUUAUUAUAGACAUGAUGAGACAAUAGGUCAGGAAAUUGCCUAUCUCAUUGAAAGAUAUCAAUAUAACACAUCAGAACCAGUAUUGAUUGAAUCGUGGAAUACUGAAAAGUAUUACAGUUCUGAAAAUUUAUCAAAGAAAUCGAGAUUUUUGCAUGAUGUUUCAGUGCCAGAGUCAUGGACAUGUAAACAUGAGGAAUAUUCUGAUGGAAAGAUUUGUCAUUGUAAUUGUGGAGCCUAUGAUCCAGAUUGUGAUCUAGUUCAAUUGAGUAGUAUCCAAAAUUGUCCACAUGUGAGAGGAAAAUUUGUGAGUGGAUGCUCUCAUACAAGUGGAAACUGUCUCUACGAGAAUACUGAAGCACCAUCUGAAUGGACAUGUGAUAAAACAUUCUGGGGAGCCAACGAUGGUUGUGAUUGUAAUUGUGGAAAGGCUGUAGAUCCUGAUUGUUUGGGAGUUAAUGUUUGCAGAUGUAAUUUCACACCUGAAAAGUCAUUGGAAUUUACUGUUGAUGCAGCAACAGUUCCAAGAAAUUAAUUACAUCGACAGAGGAAAGUUGGGGAGAAAAUUGCCGCCAUAACCGUUACACAUUAAAAUAAUUUUAUUUGAAUAAAAUAUUUUCAAAUUUAAUUUUUAAU